ACAUUACUUCGAAGAGCCUUCCAGGGCUUUUUUUGGUCCCUGCGCCCAGGAUGGAGCAAUCUAAUGGACAACCCGGUCAUUUCAUAGAACUUGCCUGGAACGAGGACCGGGGAGGGUAGGAGCCCUGAUUUCACCCUGUGUGCAAACAUCAGAAUGGCAGGCCCAGGCGAGGGCUGAGCUCCCGCGCGUGCGAAGCGCUGCGCAUCGACACCGCGUUUCAGCCGCGCGGUCACCGGGAGGACGCGCCCGGCGGGUGCUGAGGCUCCUUUGAAGUCGGAGGCCACUCGCUGGCCGCUCGUCCGACAGCAGCUGCGCAGCAGACACAGAAACCCGUGCAGGGAUGGCAACUCCUGAGGUAGUUAUAAGUAGCUGUAGCUCUCAGGAAGAGGAAAAUCGCUACACUUUGAACCAGAAUGCAUCACUAUCUGAGGAGCUUCUUUUAGAAGACCAGAUGAGGAGAAAACUCAAGUUUUUUUUCAUGAAUCCUUGUGAGAAGUUCUGGGCCCGAGGCAGAAAACCAUGGAAAUUUGCCAUACAAAUUCUGAAAAUUGCCACAGUGACCAUCCAGCUGGUUCUUUUUGGACUAAGUAACCAGAUGGUGGUAGCUUUCAAGGAAGAGAACACUAUAGCAUUCAAACAUCUCUUCCUCAAAGGAUACCUGGACCGUAUGGAUGACACCUAUGCAGUGUACACGCAAAGCGAAGUCUAUGAUCAGAUCAUCUUUGCAGUGAACCAGUACCUGCAACUACGCAAUGUCUCAGUUGGGAAUCAUGCCUACAAGAACAAGGGUACCAAGCACUCUGCUAUGGCAAUCUGCCAGCACUUCUACAAGCGAGGAAACAUCUUUCCUGGAAAUGACACCUUUGACAUUGAUCCAGAAAUCGAAACAGAGUGUUUCUUUGUGGAGCCUGAUGAAUCUUUUCAUAUUGGAAUGCUGGAAGAAAAUAAACUCAACUUAACACUGGACUUCCACAGGCUCCUGACAGUGGAGCUUCAGUUUAAACUGAAGGCCAUCAAUCUGCAGACGGUUCGUCACCAGGAGCUCCCUGACUGCUAUGACUUUACCCUGACUAUAACAUUUGACAACAAGGCUCACAGUGGAAGAAUUAAAAUAAGUUUAGAUAAUGAUAUUUCCAUUAGAGAAUGUAAGGACUGGCAUGUAUCUGGAUCAAUUCAGAAGAACACGCAUUACAUGAUGAUCUUUGACGCUUUUGUCAUUCUGACUUGCUUGUCUUCGCUGCUCCUCUGCGUUAGAUCUGUGAUUAGAGGACUUCAGCUUCAGCAGGAAUUCGUCAAGUUUUUUCUCCUCCAUUAUAAGAAGGAAGUUUCUGUUUCUGUUAAAAUGGAAUUUGUCAAUGGAUGGUACAUUAUGAUUAUUAUUAGUGACAUACUGACAGUCAUUGGUUCAAUUCUGAAAAUGGAAAUCCAAGCUAAGAGUCUCACGAGUUAUGAUGUCUGUAGCAUACUUCUCGGAACAUCUACCAUGCUUGUGUGGCUUGGAGUCAUCCGAUACCUGGGUUUCUUUGAGAAGUACAAUCUCCUCAUUCUGACCCUUCAGGCAGCGUUGCCCAAUGUUAUUAGGUUUUGCUGCUGUGCAGCUAUGAUUUAUUUAGGCUACUGCUUCUGUGGGUGGAUCGUGCUGGGGCCUUACCACGAGAAGUUCCGUUCUCUGAACAGGGUCUCUGAGUGCCUUUUUUCUUUGAUAAAUGGAGAUGAUAUGUUUGCCACAUUUGCAAAAAUGCAGCAAAAAAGUUACUUGGUCUGGCUGUUCAGCAGAAUUUAUCUCUACUCGUUCAUCAGCCUCUUUAUAUAUAUGAUUUUAAGCCUUUUCAUUGCACUGAUCACUGAUACAUAUGAAACGAUUAAGCACUAUCAACAAAAUGGCUUUCCAGAGACCGAACUUCGUACAUUUAUAUCAGAGUGCAAAGAUCUACCCAAUUCUGGAAAAUACAGACUAGAAGAUGACCCUCCAGCAUCUUUAUUCUGCUGUUGUAAAAAGUAGUUAAUCAGGUUGACCUGUGCUCUGGAGGAAUAUGUGAUGUGUACUGAGUUGGGGAAACUGUAUAGAGAUUUUAUAGUAUGUUCCAAUACUAUUGUUUUUAGCUAAUUAGAGCUAUCUAUAACUCACAAAGAACUGUGUUUAUAUUUUAAAAUAAUAUUUAGUAUAUUUCUGCUUUAUAUUGGGUUUAAAAUAGUAACUAAUUUUAUUGAGGGAAAAUAUUGGAUUAUUGUCCUUUCAUAUUUGUCAUUUUUUAGAAUGUGUUCUCUAAGCCCCUCUUUACUCUGGCUGUGUGGAUUGUGUCCUCAGUGAAAACAAUCGCUGGUGUGAGUGUAAUUUUGGACAAUUUGGUUCUGUUCCUGAAAGAGUGUGGAUAGUUACUGUAUGUCCAUUCUCACUGCAUUUAAUAAUCUCUUAAAAGAUAGAGUAAGAAACAACCAUCUCCAACUAACAGUGUACUAUUUAGUUCUGAAGGACAACUGCUCCUGGAUCCUGCUUUUAGUUCUGGAGAGGAUCAAGCAUUUUGAUAUUCACUUCUAAAUUUCUCUGCUCCUUCAGUGUUAAAGUACAGAGGUGAAAAGGUAUCUCUACAUAAAUGAAAAAGCAGUGAUACCAAAUGUAUAUCCAAUUAAGCAGUGAUUGUUUUAUUAGUGUUUCAGCAACUGUGUGUUAUACUGUGCCUUUCAUAAGUGCAUUCAGUCUCACAGCAAAGCAGUUUGUGGUCAGGAACUGUGGUUUCAUGGAACAAGGCUGUAUAAUGCAUGCAAAAAUUAUUUUGGACAAUUAUAUUCAAAAUUAAAGAUAAAUGAGAAAUGUGUGCCUCUUGUAGUUCACUGAUUGGAAAUUGCAGUGAUUUUACUUUGUGAAUAUUUAUUUUGUGUACUGUUUAUUCAGAUGAAGUUUAAUUUAAUGAUGUCAAUAAAAAUUUUUCUCAAAGCAAAUUCUUUCAAAAGGAAAUUGAUUUUUAGAUUUCUGGUUUUGUCUUAAGAGCUUAAUGAAACACUUUGUCUUAAGAGCUUAAUGAGACACUGAAAUCUUAUCACUUAGCCAUAGUAACAGCCAUAAUAAUGACUCCAAGUUUUGAAAUUCAGGUGUGAGUUUUAUAAGAGAUAUAAGCUAUUUUUAUAGUACCUGUAGCCUUUAAAAACUAAAAAAUCAAAACUUCUAAGUACUUGGGGGAAUUAGCUUUUAAGAUUUUUAGGACAUAUUUUUAGAAUGAACUAGGGUGCAGUGUAAACUUUUUUUUUUUGAUAUGGAGGAUUGAACUCAGGACCUUGUGCUUUCGAGGCAAGCAGCAGCACCACUGAGCUAAAUCCCCAGGCCCUGAGGGUGAACCUCAAAAUCAUGCUUAUUAUCUAGUGAGCCUUUUUUUUUUUUUGCUAAUUUUCCAAUUAACAGUAAUACUUUAGGGGACACAUGAGACCACUGAGCCAUCACUGGGCCUGGAGUUUUGCUUUGCUUUGAACUCACUAUGUUUCUUCUGUAAAAUUAGAGCUAAUAGUUUGGCACCUUCACAUCUCCUGAUUCUUUAUGCUUUCCUCAUGUGGCAGAAGUCUUAGAUAAUUCCAAGUCCUAACCUUUAGUAAUGGUGCCUGUUAUAGUUUAGAUCUAAAAUGUCCCCCCCAAUGCUCAUGUAUGGAAAGUGAGUGGAUCAUGGGCUUCUGGGCUGGAAGGGUAUAUCUCCUUCCCUGGCUCCUCCUCUCUUUCCCUCUCUCCACUUCCUGGCUUCCAUGGUUUGAGCACCUUUUCCUCCAUCAUGCCCCUCUGCCAUGCUGUUUCAGCCUUGGAGCCAGCCAACCAUGGGCUGAAACUGAUUCAGAUAACCUGCUCUUCCUUUAAUUCAGAUAAACCACUCCUCCUUUAAAUUGUGGGUGUUGAGUAUUGUCCAGUGAUGAGAAGAUGACUAAGUGCUUGUUGACAGUGCAUCUUGAUUGUCAACUUGAUAGGCUUGAGAGAUACCUAGGAAAUCACUAAAACACACUCCUGUCCUGGGAGCAUGACCUCGGGGACCAUCUCUGGUCCCUACCCUUUUCCUCCGUUCCAGGAACAGAGGGCUCCCUUUGUUGGGGCUACGCUAAAGAACUGUCCACAGGAUCAGGAUUUGGACUAGCCUUCUAGGGCCAGGGAUUUAGCUCAGUGGUGCUGCCGCCUGCUUCGCAAGUGCAAGGUCCUGAGUUCGAGCCCCAGUACCACAAAAAUAAAAACAAAACAUACUAGCCUUCUACUAGCCAGGAGAGGAAC